AUGGUCAGAAACACAUCAAGCAAGAGAAAAUCCGCCUCUCAAGAUGCCGAACCAACAAGACAACCCAGAAAAAUUCAACAACCCUCCGAUGAUGAUAUUUCCAUCAAAUUCAAUUCUUAUUCAUCAAGAAUUUUCAACUUUGAUAUUCUAGCGCUUUUGAACAAACCAAUUAUUUGCAGUCAGUGGGAAAUUUUCUUCAACUAUAGAAAGCAUCGGGAUGAAAAGAUCAAGACCAUCUUGAUGGAGUAUGAAAUUUCCUUAAUGAAGAAAAAUUUAAAUGAUGAUGAUGAAUUCGGAACGAAGGUAGAAACGUUUGGUAAGAUGAAUAUUAAAAACAGUAUUCAGUUUAAGAGAAAUCAAUGUAAGGUAUUGACAGAGAGUGAAACUGAUGAAAUGUAUCUGUGUGUAAAUUCGGAAGAAUUCACAAGUUGUAAUGCUGAAAUAUAUGACUAUGAAAAGUUACUGUUCGAUAGAUGGUUAGUCUAUAGAUGUGAUGCCAUGAAAACAACAGACUCUGAGAGUGGAUACAAAGUGUUCCAAACCAGAUCAACCAUGAUUGGUAAUAAUAUUGAUACCAAGUCAUUCCAUUGGCUUGGUUUUCAUGGAGCUUUCAAUACGAAGAAUAGAUUGUACAGUGAAUGA